CCGGUUCCUUUUUACUUCACUGUUUCGCCAUAUGCUGAUCAAUCCGUAUCAUUUCAAAGAGGUGGGCAUCAUGACCUAAUUUAAAUUUGCCACCCUUAUUAUGUUUUUAUUCGAGUUGAAAUGAGCAAAUAAAUAUUUCGUACAAUAACAUUUAACAUGCAGCUACUUGAUUAUUCACAACUUUUUAUUCGUAAUCUUAUCAGUAGAAGAGCUGCACAUUUAAUUCGCAGACGAUAUAUUUGCUUGGUAUUGACGUUAGUUCUAGUAGUAUCUUUAUAUGUUCACAUAAAUAAAGCAGUAGAAGGUUCUUAUACUUGGAGGAGUACGGGUAGAAGAUGUAUGAACACUAAUGAAGAAAACGAAGAGUUAACGUAUUUAAUAAAAACAUCACAUGAAAUAUUGGAUAAACUAAAUAUUCCUCAUUUUUUAUGUUAUGGAAGUUUAUGGGGCGCCCUGCGUUACAAGAAACCAUUGCCCUGGGAUUACGACUACGAUAUGGGAAUUUUGUACGAAGAUAUGUUGAAAAUAGACGAGAAAGCCCUGUUUGAAGAGUUCAAUAAAAAAGAUAUAUACAUUGCAUAUCACAACUAUGCUGGCAACUAUAAAGUUGAGAAAGGCCAUAUGACUGGUGAUCUUAUGAUAUUCCGAGACUAUUAUAACAAUGGUAUCAUGAGAAGGACUGGGUUUGAAUCAUGGAUUUUCUUUGUUCAUUAUCGAUAUUACCAUCAGUUUCCAAAGACACUCAUAAAAAAACCACUGCCAACUAUGAAAUUUGCAGGCGAGAACUUUUUUGUACCAAGGGGUGGGAUUGAAAUCCAGAAACACCACUACCCAAACAACUGGUGGAAGGAGAUGGCACCCAUUGGGUGCAAUUCAACAAAAAGUGUUAGGAGAGAAAAAAGGAUGAUAGGCGAAGCUACGGAACUUCCACAAACAUCUGAAGGUGACAACACCGCUAUACUUUUACCUGAAUCAAAAAGUAAAUCGAAUCAAUUACAAAAGAAUUUAAAGUCAGAACAUGCAAAAAAUUCAACUGUGAAUUUAGAUGCAUCUGAUAGUAGGUAGCAGAGUGAAGAUGUAGAGAUUUAGUAAAUUCUAUUUAAGUAGUAGAUAUAUUUUUAAAUUUUAGGCUUUUUGUAUUAGUAUAGGAGUUAAUUCUGUUUACCAAUGCCACUGCUUUCCCCUUUGUAUAGUUUUUUUUUAAUUGUAAUUCCGGUGUUUUUAUUAUUUUUAAUAUUAUAAAUAUAUUCAUUACUUUACAACCAAGGUAUAAACUUUAGUUGUAAAGUAAUAAUUUAUUCUAUUGUUUCGCCAUUGUCAGAUCAAAUCUAUACCAUCGUCAGAUCAAAUCUACACCAACCCAUUUUUUGUCUUUCAUUGUUAAUUUUAAUCCAUAUAAUAUAAUAUAUUGUACCAAAUGACAGUACUGAGUGUUAGGAUGUUUCCAUAAAAUCAUGAAAUAUCACUAUUGAAUUAUAAAUUAUGCAGACUUUUAAUAAAAUAUCAUUACCAAAGUAUGAUUACUUCUGACAGCUUUUGCGCUUCAUACUUCUGGCAGUUAUUGCGCUUCAUACUUAAACCGUUUCUGCUAAAUUCAGCUUUUGCUACAUCGCCGAUUAAAAUUCAUGUUAAUAAAUUAUUCUACUGUAUUUUAUUGUUGUAAUAGUUUGGCUUUUAGCAAUAUUUUUUCGAUAUACAUAUGUAAAAAAUGGCAGUAAAAGAGCGGGUACCUUCGUGUUUACAAAUUUGUCUUUGGUGUGUCUUUUUGGUGAUUUUUUUUCUGUGUAAGUUAUGAUUUUGAUAUUUUAAAGAUUAUAUUUACCAAACGCCACUUGCUGUAAAACUUUAUGACAUUACCAGGGAUUUCAACUUGAAAAAAUGAUACUCGUAUCGUCAGAAA